AUGCCACCGGCUGGAAGUCUCCCAGGCCCUGCAUGCAAAACAUGCCGGGAAAAGUGUCGCAAGUGUGACCGUGGUAGACCCAAGUGCCAACGUUGCAUAUCAAAAGGCCUAGAAUGCGGCGGAUACCCAGAGCAGUUUCGCUUCUGUGGCAUCGCUAGUCGCGGCAAAUGGAAGGACGCACGAAUUCCAACGGCAAGGGCUACGAAGACUAGAACUAGCGCUGUUGAAUCUCGUCCCGAGUCCGACUUUAUUGCUGUGAAAUCGGUCACGGUAGACACUUCCCAACCAGCUAAGGAUGUGCAGGCACUAUCGCACCCUGAAAAGUGUACGAAGAACCCUACAGCGCUGCCGGACGACAUUCCGAAGAUACUCGAUCUGGCCCAGACUGGGAUCCUGCUGUCCCACUACGAUGGCUUCAUAUGUCCGCAUCAGAUCGCAGAGAUAGGUGGCACCAGCGAAAACCCUUACCGAGCGUAUAUACUGCCAUUGGCGCAAAAACAGAUAGGCCUGCUUUAUGCUAUACUUGGACUAUCGGCUUCCCACCUUGGGAAACUGACCGGCAACAAAGCCUUGUAUGAGGAGGCUGCAGUCGAGUAUCGAUUACGGGCCAUACGCGCCUUGAGCGAGGAGAUCAGGAAGAGCCAAGGCCCGGCAUUUCUUCACGAAGAUGAGCAGGAUGCUGUUCUUGCCAUUAUCCAGGUCUUGCUCUUGCACGAUAUUGCUGAAACAGGUAUCUCGAGCCAUGGCAUACAUAUUACAGGUGCCAUGUCGGUGUGUAAACAGCUGUUGUUAGCCGAUGGAUUGAAUGGUCGGCGUCGCCGAGCAGUCUUCUUCUUGGGAAACUUGGCCUGGCUCGAUAUCAUCCGUGCCUUCGCUGGACCUGAGCGGCUAUGCUUCUCCCAAGACAUUCGAGAAACAGUCGCCUGCGCCAGUGAUGCUCGAUUCGAACUGGUCAAUGGAUGUCCCAGGGAGAUUUUCCUGGUUAUUGGAGCAGCCUUGGAAAAGGCAAAGGAAUACAACCUCGGCUGGCUAUCGUGGGAUGAAUAUCAAAUUGCCCUCCAUCUGGCAAAGCACCAGCUAUACUCGCUCGACAGUACAACCAAAGUUUACCCCAGCUCUGACCCGCGCUGGUUGUCAACGGCAGAGGCGUUUCGGUAUGCUUGUAUACUGCGUAUUCUUCGGUUGUUGGACCCAUUAGAACCGGCAAAGGGCCAAGAAAUACAGGACUGCGUGACGAAGAUUCUGGAUGCCACUGCUAGGAUUCCGUCGGACUGCUGCCUUCUGGAGCUGCUUGUUCUGCCUCUGUUUAUGGGUGGGUCGGAUGCGCUAUCGCCUCACUCUCAGUACUACGUCCUUUCUCGACUGAAGGAAAUUGAGCGGAGGUCUGAGUUUCGAAAUCCGGUACCUCGGGAGCUGUUGGAGAAGGUAUGGGCAGCACGGGCUGCACAGGCGGCCGACGACGAUAAAAAUAUCUCCUGGACUACUUUUGUAAGUAUUGGGUUGCUUGGAAUGAGGUUCUGUUCACACGUCCUGACUAUCGCAGACUCAUUCAUCUGA